AUGCUUCCGGUAUUCGCGACGCCUCUUGACGAGCGGAGGUACAGGAAAGAACACCUCGCGCUCGUCUUCCGCAUCCUGCACCGCUUCAAGCUGGCCGAAGGCAUCGCAGGGCACUGCAGCGUGCGCGACCCCGUCGAGCCGGACACGUUCUGGGUGAACCCGCAAGGCAAGAGCUUUGCGCGGAUGCGCGCGAGCGACCUCGUGCGCUGCCGCGUCUCGGACGGCGCGAUGGUGGAGGGGCGCGCCCCGACAGAUGCGUCGGCGAGUUCGAUCCAUUCGCAGAUCUACCGCAUCCGCGGGCGCACUGGCCCCGCCGGCAUCGAGGCAAUCGUGCACGUCCACGGGCCGCACACCAAGGCGUUCUCGUCCCUCGGCCGCACGCUCGACAUGAUCUCCCAAGAUGCAUGUGCGUACCAUGACGAAAUGGUGCUUGUGCCUUUCGGCGGUGUGGUCAUCGAUAACUCGGAGGGCGAGCGUAUUGCCAACCUUGCGGGCGCGAAGCGCAUCGCCAUCCUCCAGAACCACGGCAUUAUUGCCAUGGGUAAACUCAGCAUCGAUGAGGCCGCGUGGUGGCAGAUCAACUUUGAGAUGUGUUGCCAGGCGCAGUUGCUCGCUGACGCUGCGCGGCGCCCUACCGACCCCAUCGUUGAGGCUGGGCCAGAGGAGAUUGCCAGCACAAAGGCUGAGAUGGGCACGCCUGAGAUGGGGUGGUUCAGUCUCGCGGCGUACAUCGAGGAGGAGGAGUGGCAUUCACAGGGCGACCACAAGUUGUAG